UGUUCUGGGCCGGUACCGCCCGCAGAAAUAUUCAUCAACUCGAGCCUUCCCUUGAACCUCAAGCCUACACUCAUAAAAUUCAACUCAUCACGAAUCAAAAGAACCAGGUCCUAGGAAUCAAAAAGUUCAUACAGAACCCAACAAUAAUGGCGACAGCAACACCCAAAACAGAGUCAGCCCCACCUACCCCUCCAUCUUACCCCGCUAACGUCAUCUAAAGCUUCCCCCCCGUUCGGGCAUGUCUCUUCGAUAUGGAUGGCCUCCUUAUGUGAGUCUGACCAUCUUCAAGGCAAUUGAAGCAACCACGAAUAUGAACCCCCUACCAUGCCGUCAAAACUCUACUUCCUUCAUGUUACAAGAUGGAAUUCGAAGGUGAAGAACUAAAAAACACUCCCAGAAACACAGAAGACAUCUACACCCUCGCCCACAACAUCAUCCUCCACACCCUCAACGCCGGCCCCAUGAUCUGGCCCAUAAAAAUGCAACUCCAAGGCCGCCCCGCUUCGGAAGCCAUUUCCCUCCUCCUCUCAUACUUCAACCUCACCGAUUCCAUCUCGGCGGAAGAAUACACCAAGAAGCUGCACGUGGUCCAAGAAGAGGAGUUCAAAAAGAGUAUCCCCUUGCCAGGCGUGGAAAAGCUUUUGAAAGACCUGAAAGUCGCUGGGAUGAAGAUCGCGCUUGCGACGAGUAGCCAUAAACACCAUAUUGAGAUUAAAACGGCACAUUUGAAGGACCUAUUUGCUGUGUUUGAAGAGCGGAAUAGGGUUCUGGGUGAUGAUACUCGUAUACCCAAGGGGAGAGGCAAACCGAAUCCGGAUAUUUAUCUUGUUGCCCUCCAGACUAUCAAUGAUAGUCUACCAGAGGGAGAGCCAAAGAUCCGACCUGAAGAGUGUUUGGUUUUUGAAGAUGGGGUUCCGGGGGUGGUGGCUGGUAGAAGAGCGGGGAUGAGGGUUGUUUGGGUGCCGCAUUUGGGUCUGGCGGGGGAGUUGAUGGGGAAGGAGGGGGAGGUUCUUGCGGGUCUUGCGGAGGGGGAGGGGGAUGGUGUGAAAGGGGAGAUUGGGGAUGGGUGGGCGGAACAGAGGGUUAAUUUGGAGGAUUUUCCGUAUGGGAAGUAUGGUAUUGUUGUGGGGUCUUAG